AUGGCUCCAGAGACAUCUUAUGAAGCAUCGAUGGACCAGGUGUCGAGUCUCCAGCUAGAGCCGAAGAGAGAAUGGAAAUUCCUAUUUUACUUUACGACGAGGAGGCAUCUCGUACCCUUGAUUGGAGGUUUGAUAUUCACCGUCGCUGGUGGACUUACCGUUCCUCUUCUUGCCGUCUUACUUGGUCGCGUCUUCAAUGAGCUGACCAAUUUUGGUGCCCAUGCAAUCACCGCUACGGAAUUGAUGGACACAAUCGCCCGUCACUGCAUAUAUUUGGUGGCUCUCGGGUUUGCCAUCUGGCUCUUCCAAGCCAUUCACUUCUCGUUGUGGAUCGUUUUCGGAGAACUACAGGCAAAAAGAGCUCGCGACGAGCUUUUUGGAGAGUUGCUCUGUAAGGAAACAAAGUGGUUUGAUCUAACCCCGGACGGAGUUGGUGCACUUUUGCCGCGCAUUCAAGCGCACGUUCGUGAUUUUCAACUGGCCGUUUCACAGCCACUAGGGUCCAUUUUGCAAAACCUGGUCGCUUCUAUCACGGGCCUUGUGUUGGCUCUCUGUAUAUCAUGGAACCUGACGCUAGUCUGCCUCGCCACUGUCCCUAUUUGCGCCUUCAUCAUUGGCGUGAUAUCAACAAAAGUCCAGCCCGAAAUUGAUGCACAGCGCCUGGAACUUGACAGGGCGUCUAAACUAGCUAUCAGUGCAAUUUCCUCCAUUGAUGUUGUCAAACAGUUGAACGGAGAAGCUAUGGAAACCGAUAACUACAUGUCCGCCAUUCAAGCAGCUGCAAAACACUAUCUCAAACAAGCACGACUUACCGCCAUUGAAAUAGGGUCCAUCAACUUAUUGACUUUUGGCAUGUUUGUCCAGGGUUUUGGGUAUGGGGGUUACCUGGUUGCAACAGGGAAAUUGAAUCCGGGACGAGUCUUGACUACCUUUUGGGCGUGUCUCCAGGCCACACAGUCCAUCGAAAGCAUUGUCCCCCAAUUGCUCGUUCUUGAGAAGGGGAGAGCAGCGGCGACAGCUCUUAAGCACAUUCUUGGCCACGUCCAAAAACCAAAUUGUUCCCCUGGCUCCAACGACGACGUCAAAUCUCCGCAGUUUUGCGAAGGAAACAUCAAGUUUGAGAACGUUACUUUUGCGUAUCCAUCGCAGCCAGAUCGCUUGGUUUUGGAUAACUGCUCUUUUUAUUUUCCCGCUGGCGAUAUGACCUUUAUUGUCGGAAAGAGUGGAUCCGGGAAGAGCACUCUAGGCAAUUUACUGCUACGAUUCUAUGCCCCCGCCUCUGGAGAGAUAUUGAUUGACGGGAACCCGAUAGGCUCUCUGGAUAUAAGUUGGGUUCGAAACAAUAUCACUUUGGUCCAACAGCAAAGCUCAUUGUUUAAUGAAUCGAUUUUGAGAAAUGUUGCUUUUGGUGCCCGAGACUCUACUCAGGUCAAACCAGAUGACAUCGCCAACUGCAUCUCCCUGGCGAGCUUACGAGAUACUAUACAGGCCAUGCCUGAGGGGCUCGAUACCGUGGUCGGAUUAAGUGGCAGUCGUCUCAGCGGCGGACAGCGGCAGAGGGUAGCUUUGGCGAGGUCGCGCCUCAGAGAUACCCCCAUCCUGAUAUUGGACGAGUCAACUAGUGCCCUAGACUAUUACACAAGGAUAUCCAUCAUGAACUCCAUUCGUGAAUGGAGAAAAGGCAGGACGACCAUUAUCAUUACCCACGAUUUAUCACAAAUCAAGGACAAUGACUUUGUCUAUAUGGUCGAUAAGGGAAAGGUCUCCCGUCAAGGGUACAAACAAACGUUGGAAGGCGGUUCGUUGAGCGCCGUUUCUCCCGCUGCCGGAGAUAAUUCACUAGGAGGGUUCAGUUAUAUCGACCGCAAAGGCCCGAAUAGGCCUCAGAGCUUGCCAGCAAAACCUACUAGCUUAGACUGCUCGAUCGAUUCUCGUUCCCCGCUGGUCUUCUCACCGGCUCCUUACUCGCCCAUUCUUCGUCAAAGCCAUAUUCUCCAACAGUCGCAAUUCGUGCGUCAGCCCAACCAACCAGGAUCGAGUGGGAUCGCAGAGCGAAAUGACCAUGUCGCAAUCGAGGUGACUUCCCGGCAAGUUCGAGAGUCGAGUUUGAACCCAGAGAAAGGCAAAUUUGAGGAAACUAUUAAAUCACCUGCCAGCGAACAUUUUGAAGAAACGCAGCCGCUUAGAGACCGAUUUUCACCCUCGGGUACUUCACUGUUGAUUCACCGACCCGGUUCCCUGUUCAAAGCAUUGUGUACCGUUCUCCCGUCCCUAUCUAGGACAGACACGAUUCUGUUGGCCCUUGGGUUCGUUGCUGCCUUUUUUCAUGCUGCUGCUACACCGGCAUUCGCUUUUCUAUUUUCUCGUCUGCUGAGCACUUUUUACGUUACUGAGAAUCGUGUUCGGGCGGCACUCCAAUACGCAUUGGGAAUUCUAGGAGUAUCGGUUGGAAAUGGGGUUGCGUCCUUCUGGAUGCAUUACCUCCUAGAACGGUGUGGACAUGCCUGGAUCGAUCGGCUUCGCCAACGAGCGAUGGGUCGUAUUCUCCAGCAGCCCAAACCAUGGUUUGAGAAGGAUUCCAGCCACGCAUCAACUUUGACAAGUUACUUAGAUCACAACGCGGAAGAAAUGAGGAAUCUUGUGGGUAGGUUCGCCGGCUUUAUGUUCGUUGCUGCUGUUAUGAUGGCAAUGGGGACGAUUUGGGGCAUGGUCCUGUGUUGGAGACUUACCUUGGUUGGAUGUGCUUGCGCACCGGUCCUUGGAUAUUGGGAAGGGCGUUGUAACCGUGCUUCUGAAGUGGUAGCCGGUAUUUUUUCCGAAACAUUCCUUGAUAUCCGCACGGUUCGGUCCUUGACUCUGGAGUCUUACUUCCACAGAAAGCAUUUCCGGGCGAACACGGAGACAUUGACAAUAGGGAUGAAGAGAGGGUGUUAUACGGGCUUUAUGUUUGGAUUGUCAGAGGCAUCAAUUACUUUUGUCUAUGUUCCGCAAAUUAGCGCUUCCAGGGAUACUGCCACCCAGGUCUUGCAGUUGGCGAGCCUUUCCAAUGAUAGCUCCCACGAGUUCAAAGGCCAGAUGCGCAUCCUACAUCCCGUUCCAAUCAAGUUCACGGGCGUGAAAUUCAGCUAUCCUGCCCACCCAGACAAGCCCGUGUUGUGCGAUUUUAACCUAACCAUCAAUGAAAACACCUGCACAGCCAUAGUAGGACCCUCUGGCUCAGGAAAAUCUACUAUCGCAUCCCUCCUUCUUGCCUUAUAUCCUACGGACACCACGCGGGCCGAACAUCCCACGGAUCAAGGCCUGAUAACCCUUGGGGGCGUAGACCUUCGUGAAAUCCACGUUCCUACUCUACGCUCCGUAAUCUCCAUCGUCCCCCAACAGCCUACAAUUUUCCCCACCACUAUCCGAGACAACAUCAGCUACGGCCUCGAAGAAUCGUCCUUUUACAACACACAAGCCAACGUCCGUGCUGCCGCCAAAGCCGCCGGGAUCGACGACUUUAUUUCCUCCCUCCCAUCCGGGUACGACACGAUCAUUGGCGACGGCGGCGUUGGCUUAUCAGGCGGCCAAGCGCAGCGCUUGGUCAUUGCUCGGGCCCUGAUACGCCGACCUCGUAUCUUGAUUUUGGAUGAGGCGACGUCGAGUUUGGACGUGGAGAGCGCGGCGGGGAUCAAGCGGACUGUGAGUAAAUUGAUGGGCAUGCGUGAUGGUCGCCGCGGGGAUGGGUUGACUGUAAUCAUUAUUACGCAUGAGAGGGAGAUGAUGGAGGUUGCGGAUCGGGUUGUUGUGGUUGGUCAAGGGAGGGUUGUUGAAGAGGGUUCAUUUGGGGAACUGGUUGAUAGGCGUGGCGGUGAGCUGAGAAGAUUGCUAAGGGUAAAUGAAUGUAUAUGA